AUGGAUCUAUUUGGUGAAAUUCCAGAAGCCUAUGAUGCUCUUGGAAAUGUUUCUACUCCAUCAAACACCCAACCUGUACAAGAUCACACCCCGAUCACACCCCAAACACCUUCUGUAAACUUUACAGAGCUCAUUGGUCUCGAAGAUACCCAUACCGAAAUUCAAAAUGCCGAAGCUGCCCAACAAAAGUUAGCUUCUCUCUACAAUCAGGAAGAGUUCUCGGAUAUUGUUUUCAUGAUCAGAAAGAGAAAGUUUUAUGCCAUUAAAGCCUUGGUGGUUGGAUGGAGUCCCGUGUUCAAGUCCAUGUUAUAUGGUGAUUUUAUGGAGGCAGAUCUCAAAGAAGUACCUCUCGAUGAUGUCGAUCCAGUUGCAUUUGAAAUGUUUUUGCGUGUGAUUUACUCUGGAAAAUCAGGAUUGUAUCCUGUUCAUAACUUUGUAGAUCUUUACGCAUUUGCGAAUAGAUUCGAAAUUCCAGAGAUUGAAAAGUUAUGUUUAGAUGCAUUGCAUGAAUCGAGUUUAUCAGAACAUGUUUUCUCGCUCAUCGAUGCGUGUGAAAAGUAUUCGGAUUUGGAAGAAAUUGAACAAAUCAGAAGAAAUGUUGUUGCCAAAAUAUGUGGUGAAUUUGAUGAUGUUGUGCAAAGACCAGAUUUUGUCAACAUGACACCAGAUUAUCUUCUUCGUUUUUUGAAAUCUGAUUUAAUUGUUAUACCAGAGGAUGUUCUCUUCAAAGCUCUCAUGAAGUGGAUCGAUCACAAUAAGGAAGAACGCGCAAAGUAUAUUGAUGAAUUUUUAAGCUUCAUUCGUUUCCCAUUAAUGGACCCUCAAACGCUUACUGAAGUGGAAUAUCAUCCACUCUUGGUAGACAAACAGAAAUCACUUCAACCAACCAUUUUUGAGGCCAUGAAAUACCAACUUUAUCCUGAAUCAAUUCCUGAAGAUAGAAGAAAGAAUGUAUCCUUUUUGCAGAGAGAACUUCCAGAGGACGACUCUUCGUCAACACCCAAAUUUUACAAGAAAAUGUUCACACUUACUUCUCUUGGAUGCACCGGAUCAACAGUUCCCACUACAAUGGAAGGUCAUUAUCCAAAGGAAAUUUGUAAAUUCCUUACUUUGAAGAAUGGCUUUCAAAAUUGGAAAGUUCAUGCGACAGGCAAGUAUAAGAUUGUAGCAGUAGGAGCAAGCGGUGGAGACAAUCCAUUUAGUGCCACAACUAAAGCUGGCAAAGGAGCUAUGGUUGCAGGAGUGUUUAAAUUGAAAAAGGGUCAGAAUAUAAGCAUCAUUGUUGGACAAAGAGGAGAAGAUGCUAAAGGAGGUACAGGAGGAGGAGCAGCAGGAGGUGGAGGGGGAACCUUUGUUGUUGACGCAGAUCUUCAACAACCACUGCUCAUUGCUGCAGGUGGAAAUGGUGCAAACUGGUAUAGUUUCACAGUGAAUGGACCUGAUGGCCAACUUCCCAAUCCAUCCAUAACUGAAAGCCUCAAAAACACCCCAGCAACUGCUGACAGAGGUGGUGGAGGAGGUGGAUUUUACGUCUCUGGAGCCAACGGAUCCUCUUGCACAGGAGGAAAAUCAUACUUUGAAGGUUUGUUGGCAGGCAGAGAAACCAGUGUUAGCUACGGUGGUAAUGGCGGCUUUGGUGGAGGUGGAGGUGCUGAACAUGAAGGUGGCGGUGGUGGAGGUUAUAUUGGUGGCAAGUCCUUACAUUCAAAUGAAUAUUCCGUUGCAAGACCAGACUAUGGCGCCUAUUCUUUCAAUUCUGGUGAUAAACAAGAAGGACAAGCAGGUUACAACACAGGCAAUGGCUAUGUAACAAUUAGCAGAGUCUUUUAUUAG